AUGAAGCGCCUCGUCCUGCUGUGCGACGGCACGCUCGAGGACGCCGACCGUCAAGAGGACGAGAGCCGCCUCACCAACAUUGCCCGCCUCUCGCGCGCCAUCCUCGAGGUCGACAAGCGCGGUCAGUCCGACGUCGAGCAGGUCAAGCUGUACGCGAGCGGCGUCGGGACCGACGAGACGGCCGUCGGGAGCUUGAUCACGGGCGCCCUCGGUCGCGGCAUGAUGGAAAAGGUCAAGGACCUGUACGACUUUCUCUGCAUCAACCACGAGGACGGCGACGAGAUCUACCUCUUUGGCUUCUCGCGCGGCGCCUACAGCGUCCGCCUCCUCGCCUGCCUCGUCGACCUCGUCGGGCUUCUCCCGCCCCGCACGAGCCUGCACCUGUUCCCGCGCAUUUUCGCCGCGCUCGACGCCCACACGGGCACCGGCGACGCCGACGACCGCCGCGCGAUCGCUGCCAUCCGCGCGCUGCUCGCGCCGCUCGCGGCGCAGCGCGACGCACAGCGCGCGGCGGGAGGAGGAGGAGGAGGAGGAGGAGCGCGCGGCGAGCGGUUCCUGAUCGAGUGCGUCGCCGCGUUCGACACGGUCGGCACGCGCGGCCGGCCCUCGUUCCUGCGCCCGGCGAGCUUCUCGACCGCGCCCGGCGGCCCGCCGGCCGUCGCGCCGAGCGAGCGCAACAGCUUUGGGCUCCCGGCCGCGCAGGUCCCGAGCUGUGUGCGGGUUGCGCUCCAGGCGCUGGCGGUCGAUGAGCGCAGGAAGGAUUAUGCGCCGGUGCUGUGGAAGAGGUGGGCCGAGGGGGACAAGGAGGGGGAGAGGGCGGCGAGGGCGAGGGAGAGGGACGGGCAGAGGGUCGAGCAGGUGUGGUUCGCGGGCGCUCAUGCCGACGUCGGCGGCGACUACCCAGAAGCCGACCUGAGCUUCCUCACCCUCGAGUGGGUCGUCGACCGCCUCUCGUCCAAGCUCGCUAUCGACGACGCGUACGUACGCCGGGUGUGCAGCCGCACGUCGGCGCCGUGGGGCGAGAUGGAGCCGCAUCAGUCGAGAGUCGACGAGUUCCGCCUCGCGCCCGCGAUGGACCGUGCCCUUCCCUCGCUCCCGAUCGACCCCUGCACCUCCCAGUACCUCCACCGCUCCCUCCUCGCCCAGCGACACGCACACCUCCGCCCGGCGCUCGUCGCCCUCCUCGCCGCCGGCCCAACCUCGCCUAUCUUUGCCCCGCUCGGCCCGCUCGAGCUGCGGCUCAAGCGCGAGUGGGCGCCACCGCCGUCGCCGCCGCCGCCGAAAAGGGCGAGGCUGGUGGUCGCCGCGCUCACAGGCGGUGGUCGAGUGCGCGCGAGCGACGAAGGCGCCGUCGCCAACGAGCCGAACAGGCGCGCGCGCCCCUCGUCCGUCACGUCCUUCACCGACAACGAGUCGUCCGCUCCUUCCUCGCCCUCCGCCCCCUCUCCCUCUUCCUCCCCGCCUUCGCCCUCCUCUCCCGCUCCCUCUUCCUCCCUGCCCUCGCCCUCCCCGCCGUUCGACACGGCCCUCGCGCAGCUGAGCGCGCGCCGCGGCACGAGGCGGCUUUCGCCCGUGCGCAGGGGGUGGGACCGGCUCGUGAGGAGGGUUUCGGAGCAUGGGCAUCGGUAUGCGUGA